AUGCUUCUACUAGCUCCUCGCCUCCUGCCCCUCCUGCUGGUGAUAGGCACAGGGGCUCCCGUGCCCAGCCCUCACACACUGCCCCAGGGAUGCUACAUAGCCGAAGAAGCCGGCGAACAGACAUUCCGCUGCAGCCGGGCUGGCCUGAGUGCCGUGCCCAGCGGCAUCCCCAACAACACCCGAAAGCUUUACCUGGAUGCUAACCAGCUGGCGUCACUGCCAGCUGGUGCCUUCCAGCACUUGCCUGUCCUGGAAGAACUAGACCUGUCUCAUAAUGUCCUUGUCCACCUCUCAGGGGCUGCUUUCCAGGGCCUGGAGGGCACUCUACGCCACCUUGACCUCUCUGCCAACCAGCUAGCAUCCGUGCCUGUGGCAGCCUUCACGGGGCUGCAGAUCCAAGUGAACCUGUCUGCCAACCCGUGGCGCUGCGACUGUGCCCUACAGGAAGUUCUCAGACAGGUGAGGUUAGCUCCAGGCUCCGGGACAGGCAUCGUGUGUGGUCCAGGAGCCCGACCAGAUCUCGUGGGACAGGAGUUCCUUCUGCUGACUAGGGAGGAAGAGCUGUGUGGGACAGGACGAGGUGGGACCCGAAGGAGCACUGAUGUGGCCCUGCUAGUUACCAUGGGAGGCUGGCUGACGCUGGUAGCGGCUUAUCUGAUCCACUAUGUGUGGCAGAACCGGGACGAGACCCGGCGCCCCCUCAAGCGGGCUCCUGUGCAGCGUCUGGUGCGCUCAGAGGACUCCUCCACCCUCAGCACAGUGGUCUGA